ACCAGUCGCGCAUCUUCACAGUGGGGAUUCGAGGCCAAUACGAGAGCGCUUUUCUUCGAGUAACGACAUUUUCUUCAACUGCGCCUCCGUGGGCUCGGAUGCCUGGAGGCGAUCAAGUAGCGAAUUUCCCUCCUCGGCCAUGUUGAUGAUGAACAGCAAACAACGGCUGGAUAAAAGGAUAGAAAAGGGUAAUAGAAGCUGUGUGAGAGUGAAUCGGGAGCAAUUAUAUGGAAAUCCCGAUGAAAAGUUGGGGGUAGAAGAUGAUUGAAAGAACAGGGGGGAGAAGUAAUGAAAAGAAGCAGAAGACGCGAUCAGAAAAUUUUGAAUUCUUCAAAAACUUUACUCCGCGCAGACCAUCGCAAUUGCGCUCCCGUCUGGACUCGGCGUCUCAAGUCCAGUCAGGUGUUCACACUAACGCUCUCCGGCACACGAACAUCCCCCCUGGACCAAUCAGGAGCUGCGAGUCGGCCUCGGGUGCGGUUCACAUUAUGAUGCCAAAUCCUUGUACCUUUAUUCACUAGGUCCAUGGAUUUUUUUUUCCCUCCCCUUCCGGCGCAAUUUGCAACAUGACGAUCAUGACUCGUCGUGCCCGAAGCUCUCCCGUUGCAGCCAC